AUGUCCAUUAUAUCAAGUCCAUUUCUCGGCGGAAAGGUUGAAAUUAACAGAUAAUUGUAAGAGCGUGUUCAAACAGGCAACGCUGUAUCUGCCCAAAAAUGAAACAAUGUAUGCAGUGAGUUCAGAACAAGAAAGCGAGAACAGUUAGAAUUUAGAACCGCGUGUGCGAACGACGUGUAAUAAACUCGGCUUGUAAAGAGUAGAAUUCGAAUAUUUAUUACCCAUCUCCUACAUAAUAAUACUAAUAAUAAUAAUAAUAGUGAUUCCCUUUUAGUCGAUGUACGAAUUACAGAUUCGAUAUCUCGUACAAUUUAUGCAUACGAGCGACCGUCUCCUGAAUAUCCAGUGACUCUUUUUUAAUGUUGAAUACCAAGGGAGAAAAAUCGCGACAGAUUAAUUCAUGAUUAAUUCGGUUUAUUACCGCGGCUUGGCAACCGAAUUGGCUGUUAAGACCUUAUAAGACGCGAAGGUUUGCGCAUAGCACCAGUUCUCUCGUCUUCCAAUCUGACGAAACCGGCUCCCGGUUGCGUUUACUUUACAAAUGUUGCAAUUCCAACGUCCCGUAGGUAUUUUACGAACUCUCGAGUACAAUCGGCCCAAAAGAAACCGAGGUAUCCAUUCCUCUUUUUUUGUGUUUAUCAGAGAAGAGUCCUGCUGGUUUGUAAUGUCCAAUUAUGUGAACCAUCUCGCUUUCCGUUUUUGAUAAAGAAAUUCGACGACGAUCGAUUACUUCGCUAAAGCAAUUUCCGAGCAAUAAUGAAAGCGGAGAGUGGCGGUGUGCCUCGACCUCGAAUACCCGAGCGAGUCUGUGCUUCUGUUGACAAUUAACGCGUCCAAAGCACUGCGAGCCGAACGUCCAGGCGUGGCGGUGCAUAAACCGUCGCACUCGAGCAACUAUCUAUCUUGUAAAACGUGUUUGCGCGGUCACGUUGGCAGCACCAGUAGGAAACCGCUUUCAUUGAACGAACACGGACAGGCUCCGCCGGCUCCGGUCUCCGGGCUUCGGGUCGCCUGGUCGCGCGUUUGCGCAAACCUCGACGAACUUCGUCAAACGGAUCGACCGGAUCGACGAGACGGUUCGAGUAACGAGAACCGUGCGAACCCGGCUGGUUUGUCGCAUGCGAGAGGUAAUGGACGACUGGUCACAGUCAUCUUUCGCGUGUUUCAAUCGAAUUGCUCAUUGAACGGCCAUCGAUCGUGAGGAGAAUUUUAGUAAUGAGUUCGUCCCGCACGGUUUCAAGGUUGACGAACGAGGGUAAGAAAGAUCUUCCUGCGGAUGCGAGAUGAGGAGUGAUCGUGGCAGCGUAAACGGGAGUGGCGCUUGUACAAGCACGUGCAAACCUCCGGUCAGUUGGAAGGAGAAGAGCUGAUUCAGCGGAGUGUUUGAGAAGACGCGUAGGCAUACCUACACGCGGUUUCAAGUCUCACCGAGCCUCAGUCGGUAGCAACGCGUGGUCAUCCACGUUCCGUCGCUCUUAUAUUUAUUCCUCAUGAUUACGCGUAUUCCUUGACUUUUUCAAUGAUCUACUGUUGAACAUCCUGUCGUUCAAAGUAAAACGAUCUAACGACGGAGCAGAAGAACAAAUUGAGUCGGUUGAAUCGCGAGAAGAGGCGACAUGUCGGAUUUGGUCGGAUACUCGCACGAGUUCCUCACGGAAUUCAUUCAUCUCUAUCGGAGCUUCCCUUGCUUAUGGCAGGUCAGGUAUAGAGGCUACAAGGACAGGAUACUUCGGAACCGCUGUUACGACACCCUCGUUCAUAAACUGAGGGAGGUAAACCCGUUAGCGGACAGAGAGACCGUCAUACGUAAGAUCAACACACUGAGGACUGCGUUUAGGAGGGAAUACAAAAAAGUGCGCAGCUCGGAAUGGACGGUACAGGAUCCCCGACAUCGGUACAAAUCUUCUUUAUGGUACUACGACCUAUUGAAGUUCGUCGCGGAACAGAACGAGACAUGUCCGGUGGAUGACGGAGGAGGCGACGCUAACAACACCGCCGCACACCCGGCUGAACUUUCGCAGGAUGAGAUUUUGCCCGUACAAACCGACGUAAACAAGAUGGAGCCACCGUCGCCCGUGCCAUCACUGGAAGUCGUCCCGCCUUUCCAGCCGAUCAUCUUGGAAACCGAGGGUUCGUACGCGGAAAGGGGAUCGCCCGACUCGCUCGGCAGAAAUUACAAUCAUCGUGAAAGUACGUUUCAAGAUCAUCAGACGACAGAACAGAGCCACGAGUUAUCGCCGCGUCACUUCGCCAGCUGCGUAACCGACGACGAUUUCGAGACGUUCGGUCGUUACGUGGCUGGCAAAUUGAGGAAAUCGAUGUUACGCCAGAGUAUCAUAGCUGAAAAAAUAAUCGCGGACGUUCUAUUGAGGGCCAAUCUUGGCACUCUCGAGGAGACCACUUGUCUCACGGAGAAAGUGCCCUCCCGUUGUUUUCUAAUAAUGGACGAUCGUUAAUGGUUUCACGCGAUCAAUCGAUCAUCUCUGUGUCUAAUUCUUUUGACCAUUUCACGAUGUGUCUGAAGUUAAUAAUGGAACGAGCGAUCCGACGAUUUUCAGAGCGUCGAGAGGUCGUGGGCAACCAUGGCAACUGGCCAGAAAAUGUUUUUGUCUCCUUGGAUAUUACAAACAGAUGGUUGAGAAAUAUAUG